UUUAUGUUUUUUUUAUUAUUUUCUUUUUAUUUUCCCUGUGUUUCUCCCCGAUCUCAGCAAUUUCGAAUUCGUGUACUUGAGAAACGUUUUAUGUUUUUCAUCAACCUUCAUCUGCAGAGCCCACUCCCACAGAAUACUUGGGCAGCGUUCAGUUUCUUCAUAUUUUUCUUUGUUUUUUGAGCUUUCGUGAUGAAGCUUUUAGUUCCAGGAAAACAAGUGCAUCCAGUUGCAUUUCGGAGAAUAUUGGGGCAUUUCUACUCAAUGAUUGCGAGGGAUUCACUUUACAGGAGGAUUUCACCGGUGGGUGACCCUAAUGUCUCUGUAAUUCCAGUUCUUGAUCAGUGGGUGCGAGAGGGCAGGCCUGUUCAGAGAGAGGAGCUUCAGAAGAUUAUCAAGGAGCUGAGAAUUUACAAGCGGUCCAAACAUGCUCUUGAGAUAUCUAAAUGGAUGGGUGAUAAAAGAUACCUGCCACUAUCGUCUGUUGAUAUUGCGACACGGAUGAAUUUGAUCUUAAGAGUUCAUGGGUUGGAACAGGUAGAGGAUUAUUUCAACAGCAUCCCAAGUCAAUUGAAAAAGUUUCAGGUUCAUGUAGCUCUUUUAAACUGCUAUGCCCAUGAAAAGUGUGUUGAUAAAGCCAACGCCAUCCUGCAAAAGAUCAAGGAAAUGGGCUUUGAUGGAGCCCCCCUACCAUACAAUAUCAUGAUGAAUCUUUAUUAUCAAAUUGGAGAAUUUGAGAGAUUAGAUCCUCUGUUGCAAGAAAUGGAAGAAAAGGGUGUAUCUUAUGAUCGAUACACAUAUAGCAUCCGGUUGAGUGCAUAUGCUGUAGCAUCUGAUAUCAAGGGAGUCGAUAAUAUUGUCGAACGAAUGGAAUUAGAUCCCAGAAUUGUUCCGGAUUGGAGCUGUUAUGUCAUUGCUGCAAAUGGUUACCUUAAAGUUGGCUUAGUAGACAAAUCUCUGUCCAUGCUGAGGAAAUCAGAAGCUCUUCUAGCAACUGCCAAAAGGAGAGGUUCUGCAUUUGACAUCCUCCUCAAACUGUAUGCUGAAAGCGGAAAGAAAGACGAGUUACACCGUAUCUGGAAACUUUACAAGAAGGAGAAAGUCUACAAUAAAGGUUACAUGAGCAUGAUGAGAUCACUUUUGAUAUUAGAUGAUAUCGAAGCAGCCGAGCAUAUUUUCAAGGACUGGGAGACCUGGAAAUUGUCCAACGACUUGCGAAUUCCGAACAUGUUGAUCGAGGCGUAUUGCAGAAGAGGUCUGAUGGAGAAGGCUGAAGCCCUCAUAAACAAGGCAGUGACUGGAAAAAGCAAGUUUUCUGUCCAUUCGUGGUGCUAUUUAGCCAAUGCAUAUAUUCAGAAAGAUCAACUACAGCACACAGUUGAAGCACUGAAAAAAGCAGCCACUUUGUGUCCACCAGAAUUGAACCAUUUCAAGGAAAUUUUAGCAACUUUUCUUGAAGGGAAGCAAGAUGUGAAAGAAGCUGAGAAAGUGGUUGGUUUGUUGAGGGCUGAAGCUAACUCUCUUUUUGCUCAUGAUGUAUUGAUAGAUUGUGGUGAUGAAUGUGCAUAGACUUGUUACAGAACAGUAAAGGGCUGUUUAAUAGUUAUUGUGUUUUUUUAAAAGAAACAUAACUGUCAGCACUUCUCAUUUGCUUUUUAGUUUUCCUUUGAAAAAGAAAGAGAGAUUUUUUA